CAACAACGCGCUUUUUUCUUUUACCACUACCUGUCUUUCAAAUGGCCAGUCUUGCGCCUUUACCAAUUCCAGAUACACAGCUAGCGCGAGCCACGACGACAGUGAUAGCUCCAAGCCCACAAACCCCUUCUUUCAUUAUUGAUUCGAAGAACAAAACCUACAAAUUCCAAUACUCCAACAUUUACUUUCUUCGACUACGUGCGCUGAGAGGAUUUGUCCAGAAAGCUGCGAUUAAACGAUGGAUGAAACUUCCUGGAAAUCCCUCAUUCGUACCUCGCGUUCUUGAGGUUGAACCUUCUCAGCUAUGCUACAUCAUUGGUACAGUGUACAUGGACAUGCCACUGAAACCCAAUGUCAUGGAAGACAUUGCCCGAGAUCAUUCCAUCCCUGCGCCUCCCCCGCCUCCUUAUUACUACUCGGCAGAUGAUCAAGUCAUGAUGGAAGAUGAAUCUGGUAGAAUACAGCUUGUCGGCGAACGCUUGAAAUCGGAAAAACUGGUCACUGGUCUCAUCAUAGGAGCUUUAGGCAUGGAGACUCCAGAUGGUAAAUUCGAAGUGGCAGAUUUUUGUUAUGCGGGCCUUCCCCCCCAACCUUCCACAACCAAGGAAGAGCUAGAGGACAGAAUGGAAGUAGAUAGUACAAAGGACUUGCCAUCGGAUGAAUGGAUCGGCGUGGUUUCCGGUCUCAACAUUGGGGCUCCAUCACCCUCUGAUGGGCAAAUCCAGCUGUUGGUUGAAUAUUUAACGGGCGAAGAGGGAAGUGCAGAUGAUCAAGUCUGUGUAUCCCAAAUAUCCCGUCUCAUCAUUGCGGGAAACUCCAUGGCACCCAUGCUCGUGACAGGCAAGGGUGAAGCGGAUGCAGAAGGUGAUAAGAAAUCGCGUAAAUUCGGAUACGACGGCACGACAUUUUCAUCACAUCCAGUCCUGUCAUUGUCCGGUCAUUUACUCGAUAUAGGCCGGGCUAUGCCAAUCCAUAUUCUUCCCGGUGAGACAGACCCUUCCGGAACCAUCCUUCCACAGCAACCGUUUCCUCGAGCCAUGUUUGGCGCAAUAUCCUCAUUCUCUUCAUUUACUUGCGAAACCAAUCCCACUUACCUUCACCUCUCUUCCGACUCUACACAUAUCACUCGGACCUUUCUUCUGCAUUCCGGCCAACCCGUAAAUGAUAUGUUCAAGUAUCUCCCAUCCCCACCGCAUACCCCUUUGUCAACUGUGGAGUCAACGUUAAAAUGGAGGCAUAUAGCCCCGACAGCACCAGAUACGCUUUGGUGUCAUCCAUAUUUCACCUCGGACCCGUUUAUCAUACAAGAAACACCAGACAUAUAUAUUGUUGGUGGACAAAAGAAAUUUAUGACAAAAUUGGUAGAAAACGAUGGCAAGGAUGAUGGAUUGCGAAAACGAUGUCGCAUAGUGCUGGUCCCCGAAUUUUCUGAAACAGGGAUGCUUGUGCUUAUCAACCUCAGAUCCCUCGGAGUGAAAAUUGUCAGAUUUCGUGGCGAAAAUAUGACGGGCAGUAUGUCGGAUACUAAUUACCUCGAUGGUAUGAAAACUUCAAGUUCAGAAAUGAUACCACUAGUUGAACCUGAAAGUUCCUUCCCGCGUUCGGGUAGUGGCCCGACGCGUCUAUAAAGAAGAUUUUAUUUGCAACUUGAUUUGGGUCAAAUAUCUUUAUUCUUCUUUCUUUCCAGUGACUAGUUUUGAAUUGCUACUUCUCGAUCAUUAUUUGCUGAAAUUUGCGAUCAUCGGACACAGAAAAAUGCUUGAUAUUUCCAGCUUUGACCGGUGGGAAUUUCAGCGAGUACAUAGAUAUUUCAAACUUGUCCGUGUUCGCCCUUGGCCCCGUCUUCACGAAAGGUGGCCGGUGAACCGGUGAAACCCGGACCAAUCAGUUGGGCGAUGAAAUA